AUGGCUCCCCUUCGCAUCAUUCACGGCUUGAAAAGUCGGUCGAAACAGCCUAAGGCUGUGACACCUCGACAACAAGAGCUAGUCAAACAACUUAAACGAGAUCUUGAACGCUCUGAAAAGGCCAAUGCCAAAUUGCAGGAAAGACUGGCUCAGCGAGCCAGAUAUCACUCACCUCCACCCGGUUACGACGGGCCUAACCCAGACGAUAUACCAGGACCUCCCCAAUUUGAUGACCAAGCAGGAUCCGAUAAUGAAGACAAACGCGAAGGAGACUAUGUGAUAGACCCUGAUCAUUUCAUGCCCUGGCAAGAGGCCAAUCAUGCUAAUGACGCUGUACUCGCUGGUUUACGACGUGAACAACAUCUCGGCAAUCGUCUGAAACACGAGACUCGAUGGGCAUGGCAAUAUGCAAUCAUGCUACCCACCUUCCUCCGGUGUCGUCUGGAGACUUCCAACUGGGGUAACCCAAGGAGAUGGAAUCAUGACUUUUGGGGGCCAUGCAACUGUCCCAAAAAGACAGAGCGUGAUGUCGACCUGGUAGAUGUACUGAGUUAG